CAGAAAUCGAGGAUAGCAGUUGGGAUGAAAAUAGGCCGUAAUACGUAUGGAGAAAGAGAGUGAUUUUUUUGUGAAUUUAUUAAGACAAAUUUUGAGUGUAUCGAAUAAAUUAAAAUCAAGUGACUAAAUGUUUAGGUGUUGAUGCGAUAGAAAACAAAAACAUUAUUAGGUAUGCAAGUGCAAAGACAAAAAUUGUUGAUCGCUUCCGUGGCGGCGAUGGCAUUUGGAUUGCUAUUUGGCUGGGUCGGCUUUCCGAAAAUACUCAAGGCGAUGAUUAAAAAGCAAGUAUCACUGAAGCCGGGCACUGAAAUACGUGAUCUCUGGACACAAACACCUUUUCCAUUACAUUUCUAUAUUUACGUUUUCAACAUUACAAAUCCGGACGAAGUGAUCAAUGGUGGCAAACCAAAUUUGCAGGAAAUCGGCCCAUUUGUUUUCGACGAAUGGAAGGAUAAAUACGAUUUGGUGGACGAUGCUGUAGAAGAUUCUAUUUCGUUUAAUAUGCGCAAUACAUUUUAUUACAAUGCCAAAGCAUCGAAUGGAUUAACCGGUGAGGAGCUAAUAACAAUUGCGCAUCCGCUGCUUGUGCCUAUAUCCGUUGUGGUACAGCGUGAUCGCGCCGCCUUGUUGGAUCUAGCAGCCAAGGCCAUAAGCAUUGUGUUUGCCGGUGAGAAAGCCGUCAUUACAGCCAAAUUUAUGGACUUGUUCUUUCGAGGGCUUUACGUAGACUGUUCAUCGGAAGAAUUCGCAUCAAAAGCGCUUUGUACAGCGUUCUACACGGGCGAGGUGAAACAAGCAAAACAAGUGAACGCCACACAUUUUCUAUUCUCUUUUAUGGCGAAUAACAAUCACACCGAUGCCGGUCGCUUCACUGUCUGUCGCGGCGUGAAGAACGUGAGCAAGCUUGGCAAAGUUAUACGCUUUGGCGAUGAGCCUACUUUGGAUAUUUGGCCUGGUGAUGAGUGCAAUGAGUUCAUUGGCACCGACUCGACAAUUUUCGCGCCUUUUAUGACCAAAGAACAAGGACUCUGGGCCUUCACACCGGAUUUGUGUCGCUCUGUUGGUGCGCUUUACAAGCGGAAAUCGUCUUAUCACGGCAUGCCGGCAAUGCGCUACCACAUGGAUUUGGGCGACAUAAAGUCCGAUCCCAGCUUGCAUUGCUUCUGCGACGAUCCUGAAGAUAUCGAAACCUGUCCGCCCAAAGGUACUAUGAAUUUGGAACCUUGCGUUGGCGCUCCAAUUAUAGCCUCAAUGCCGCACUUCUACAAUGCUGAUCCCAGCCUGUUGGAGCAAGUGAACGGCUUGAGCCCGAAUGAGAAAGAUCAUGCAGUCUUUAUAGAUUUUGAGCUGACUUCCGGUACGCCAUUUCAAGCCGCCAAGCGCUUACAACUCAAUUUGGAUAUGGAACCCGUUGAGAAAAUUGAGCCCGUUCGAAAUUUGCGCAAAAUGAUUUUGCCGUUAUUCUGGGUUGAAGAAGGCGUGGCAUUGAAUAAGACCUUCACCAAUAUGCUGAAAUAUACACUCUUUCUGGGCCUUAAAGUCAAUUCUGCUUUGCGUUGGACUCUCAUCACUAUGGCUUUGGUUGGCUUUAUGUCCACUAGUUACUUGUAUUACAAGAAAAGUGAUAGCUUGGAUAUUACAGUGCCACCGAAAGUGAUCCCUGAGCCAUCAAAUAAAGUCGAAGACGUCAAGCCGGCGGCGGAUAAGUUAAAUGCGCCAUCUAUCACGCAAGCUGAUCUCUCGAAUCGCCGUUUGCCGGUGGAUAGAUUUUAAGUUUAAAGAUAUUUAUCUGAUUUGAAGUAGACUUUUUUAAGAAAAGCUCACCGCACCGUAACAAGGAAUCAUAUAUAUUUUAUUCGAGUAUGAUCCCUAUUUUAUGGGCAUUCAAGAAAAACACUCACAUAUUCAUAUCCUAUACACUGAUGUACAUUAUUUUACAUAAUAAACGCAGUUAAAUAAAGUAGAAAACGAUUCGCUUGAAAAAAUUAAUAGUUUUGAGCGAAUCAUCA